CCCGCAUCCCCGGCGCCAGCGAGCGGCAGAGCGGCACCAGCGGAGGCUCCUGGGCUCUGCCUCCUCUUCCUCCUCCUCCUCCUCCUCCUCCUCCGGGGCUUCUCUCUUUGCCUUCCUCUCUCCCUCUUUCUCCUUCUUCGGGGGCCUCUGAUUCCUCCCCCUCUUUCCUCCCUUCUUCCCUUCCUCCCUUCCUUCCCUCCUCCGCCCCGUUUCGUUUCUCCCGGCCGCUGCCCCCCUGGACGCUGCCACCCUGAAGUUUCUGGUGGUGCUGCUGGCCGCCGGGAUGCUGGCCUUCCUCGGGGCCGUGAUCUGCAUCAUCGCGAGCGUGUACCCGGCCGGAGGCAGCCGCGGAGGAGGCGGAGGCGGAGCGGGGCACCCCGACAACGUCUCCAGCCCCGGGGCCCACGAUGCCAGCGCCGCCGCCCUCCUGCCCGGCGCGGACAAGACCCUCGGCGCCCUCCACGGACACGGCGGAGCAGGAGGAGGAGCGGGCUCCCCGGACGCCCUGCUGGACCUGCUGGCCAGCGCCCGGCCCCGCCAGGAGCAGCAGCUCUUCAGCCGCUUCCUCUGCACGCCGCUAGCCGCCGAGUGCCCCUCCGAAGGCGGCCCCCAGGGCGACGCGCCCAGACCCGGCCUGGCCUCGGCCAGCGAGGAGCUCUUCUUCCUCCAGAGCACGGCCGAGCAGCUCCGGCAGACGGCCCGCCAGCAGAAGGAGCAGAUCCGCACCGACCAGGAGACCAUCCGCGAGCUCACCACCAAGCUCAGCCGCUGCGAGAACGGGCUGGAGAGGAGCUUCCAGGACGACGACGGCGCCAUGCGGGACCUGCCCUGGGACUCGCCCACCCUCGUCCGGGAGCUCGAGGAGGCCGUCCGCGCCCUCAAGGGACGCAUCGACAAGAUCGAGCAAGACAUCCCAACUCGAAUGAAUGCUUCAUCCACUGCUGCCCCUGUGGCCCAGCAAGAGGUCAUCCAUAACAAAAUGGAGGAACUGGAGGAGCAGCUUCUAACUAAGAUUUUGGCUUUGGAGAAAGAACGCUCAUCCAUUGUCAACAACCAUGAUCUGGAGCAGCAGCAGCAGCACGAUGUGGAGAAGGAGCUGGAUGCUCUUCAGAACCGGGUCUCUGAGCUGGAGCAUGAAACGCCAACCAGCUUCAACCCUCCUGGAGCUUUCAAAAUCUCUAUUCCUGUUCGAAACAACUAUAUGUACGGCCGGAUAAAGAAGAGCUUGCCUGAACUGUAUGCCUUCACAGUCUGCCUGUGGCUAAAAGCCAAAGGCCCAGGAGCAGUGGGCACCCCUUUCUCCUAUUCAGUACCUGGACAAUCAAAUGAACUUGUGUUGCUGGUGUGGGGGCACAACCCCAUGGAGCUGAUAAUUAAUGAUAAGGUGGCUCUGCUGCCCAUGACUCUAAAGGAUGGAACAUGGCACCACAUCUGUAUUAACUGGAUCACGCGGGAUGGCAUAUGGUCAGCCUAUCAGGAUGGCGAGGAGCGUGCCGCCAAUGAGAACCUGGCAUCUUGGCAUCCAGUCAAACCGCACGGAGUGCUAAUCUUGGGCCAGGAACAGGAUACUUUGGGUGGAAGAUUUGAUGCCACUCAGGCCUUCGUUGGUGAAAUUUCUCAGUUCAACCUUUGGGAUCGUGUUCUGACGCCGGCAGAGAUUGUGGGUCUGGCCAACUGCACCAACCACCUUCAAGGCAACAUCAUCCAAUGGGACGAAAAAAUGGUGGAGGUCCACGGCGGGGCAACCAAACAACGUUUUGAGAUCUGCGAAGAGAAGAUGAAAGCAUGAGUGGUCUUACCAAAGGCGAAGUGUAUGAAAGCUACAUUUUUCAGACUGUUUAAGGAAUGAGGCAGCAAGGGGUCCCUUUCCCCCCUAAACACACACAAUGUUAACAUCUGAAUUAGUCUAAGGAGGGCUCUGUGUGUGAAUGUGUGCAUGUAUGCAAGGGAUAAGGAAACUUCCUGAAGGUAAAAGAAAUUGUGACACUAUGUGUUUUUUCAUUGUUUCAGUAAAAUUCUUUCAGAUUCAUAAUGUGUGUGCCGAAGCCUUUCACCAAGAGGGCUAAGGAGUUUAGAAGGUGAUGAUAGCCAUAUCCUAACGGUAUGAUAACUGCCAAGAACUAAUUGGGAGCAAAUUGUUGAUGGAACAGGUAUCAUCAACACUUCUCUCUCUUUUUUCUCAUUUGGCUGAUUCCUUCAGUGAUGUGUUAUGAACACUGAGUAGGAUUUGACAAGGCUUUAAAUCCAUGCACAGCGGUGCCCUUUGCCCCUGAGAAGCCAUUAGUAGUCUAGGAAUACACAAGCCAAAAUUCCUCUAGUCUCUGCAUGCAUCCAUCAAUGAUGUCUCACUGAUUUAUCUGCCUUCUUGCCCCUGUCCUAUGGCCCUCACUGUUAUGAUACCAUUUGCCUGCAGUCAACAACAACACCUUCUUUCCACGAUGGCCUAAAAUUUAAGUUUUGUUUAUCUUCUUUUUACAAUGUCCAGCAUCCCCUCCUAGAUGUAAUUUCACCCAAAAAAAAUUGAAUUUCUGUGCGAUCCCACUAGCAUAUUCAUUUUAGCAGCAUAUGAGUCUAAAUUUCUGACCACAGAAUUCUAACAUUCCUUCUCAAACCAUAGUUCUUCCCAUUCCUUCCAUUCCUCCAAAGGGCUGAUUCACAUGUUGUUUUACAUAUUUUUACAUGUAUUGCUCGAGGGCAUAGUCACUUGCUGCUGAAAAUGCAAACAAUUUCCACUCAUAAGGAUAUGACCUCCUUUAUGGGGACAGUCUUGUCCUCCUCCUCGCGUCUAAGGGGUUUAAGAUUACAAGGGAGAGAAGGGAAACUAAAGCCACCCACCAACAGUGAACCACCAGACAGCCAAUUAUUCAAGCAUACUAUGGUGAGAUAUACUACACUUCUACAUGAUCGUAAUUCUUUCUAAAUGUGCAGCUAUACAUCUAAAUAGGCACACUUACAGUACAUUUUAUGCAGAACUCUACCCUUUCUUGAUGAUACAUUUCCUCUUUUUUUUUUUUUUAAAGCAGCUCAUUCCAAUUGGUCUUGUAUUAAGGGAAAACUGUAAACCAGUGUAGUAUAGUGGUGGCUGAGUGUUGCUCUAGCAAUCUAAGAAGCCAGGAUUCAAACCUCUGUUCAUCCAUGGAUACUCCCUGUGUGGCCCUGGACAACUCACACUCUCUCUGUGUUAGAGAAAGGCAGGGUCACACUUUCACUGAAUAAAUCCUGCCAAGAAAAUCCUAUGUUGCCAUAAUUCAGAGUCAGGACAACCAGUGAGUUUCUAUGGCUAAGUGAGGAUUCACAUUUUGAUCUAUCAGAAUCCUAAACCAAUGCUAGAGCCACUUCCCCCCCCCCCCCCCCCCCGUUAGGAGCAAAUUGAGAAAUGGCAAGUCGCUUCUGAUGUGAGAUAAUUGGCCGUCUGCAAGGACAUUUCCCAGAGGACACUUGGAUGUUUUACCAUCCUGUGGGAGGCUUCCCGCAUGGGAAGCUGGAGCUGACAGACAGGAGCUCACCUCACUCCCCAGAUUAGAACCUCAGAUCUUUCGAUCAGCAGUCCUGCUGGCACAAGGGUUUAACCUGUUGCGCCACAGGGGCUCCGCUAAAGCCACUAUGCCAGGCUGUUCUCAAUUUGUCCCACAUUAUCUCAACAAUAUCAGCCUAUGAUGACAUCCAUGCUGCGAGUCCAAUACUUAGAAUUAUUUCAGCCACCAUAUAUUAAAUAUUAGAGAUACACCUGAAGUAAGUGAAGGAAGCAUCUUUCUUCCUUCUGUUUUUGAAAGUACAAUGAGACUAUUUAAAAAUUGUAUGUCUGUCUUCUCUGUAGAUGAAACAGUAGUGAUUGAAGUGACCAAAAGACUUGCAGAGUGUCCCAUAUUCCCAGUACUAAACCUUCAUAUCACUGAGAAAAGUGUAGCCUUACAACUCUUUGAAUCCUCAAACCAGCAACUGGGAAUGCUAAUAGGGGGGUUCUGGGAGUUUUGAAUCUCUGUCUCAUAACCUCAACUUGCUGUCAUGAACUGAAAAGAUAUAAUUUCGUGGUGGAGAAAGGCUGAAUUUUGAUUGUAUGAAGCCACUCUAAUAAAGCACAUAUGGAUUUGGGAACAACAGUAAUACUUAAAAAAUUAAAUUCUGUUACUUAAAGAGGAUUAGUGGGCAGAGCAUAAAGGAGAAAGCGGGGUAGUCAGGAAGGCUGGGAGUCAUAGUCUCACUACUAUCAGGAACACCAUAAGCCUCUAGAUCUGGUGUAAAGCAUAUUUAUGAAGAACGCCGGAAUUACACCAUAUGGUCUUUACUGGGGCAGGAGGAAUAAAGAAUCAGUAGCAUGAAGAAUUUUUUUUUAUCAAACUCUUUCUUUCACACCUGCACACAAUUGCCAGCAUCCCGUUCAUGGCAUAAUUGGGAAUGAGUCAACCUUGCAUCUGCUGAAUGUCUUUGUUUUUUUUUUUGGUCAUUACAUAGGUCCUUCACAGUAACCAAAGCCUCCAACAGCUGGAGUGGAAUCGAAGAAGCAUCUGGCAAUAUCCUUGUAGCCAGAUGUGAAAUGAUUGCAUCAUGAGACUUUUAGGUGACUUCAUCUGAUGAUAUAACCAUUUUAUGUCUGACUACAGGAUAUACUGGAACAUAACCAGAUGCUUCUCUGAUCCUAUUCCCUGCCAGGUUCUAUAAGUCACGGCAUUUAUUUAUUUAUUUAUUUAUUUAUUUAUUUAUUUAUUUAUUUAUUUAUUUAUUUAUUUAUUUAUUGCAUUUCUAUACCGCUUUACUCACCCCUAGACUCAGAGUGGUGCUAGUGAAUGCACUGCAGUGGCUCUACAGUAAGUGUGGGGGGUGUUAAUGGCCAGCUAUAGAUACUAUGCUAUGCUGAGAUAUACUGGAUCCCAACCAUUCAGUGGCAUUGGUGGUCCAUCAGCAGCAGGAUGGAAGUUCUCACCUCAUAGACCACGGACAACCCUAGAAUUGAGCUCUUGUGGAAAACACUUCCCAUUUGUGCUGUAGUAUCUCUCUCACCACCGGACAUUUUCUUCUCAAUGUCUGGGAUAAAGUCAUUCCACACGUUACACAAACUGUGUUGUGAAAGCACACCCAUGGAUGAUUGAAAUGGCUUAAACAUGAAAAGGAAAUGCCAUGUGUGAGUCAGCCCUUGCAGAGCAUAUUACGACAGAGAAUGAUGCCUUUCCUGUGCAGUAAUCUAUCUGUGCUCCUGUCCUUGUUAUGGUUCCUGCUGUCUUUCGUUCUCAUUGUGCCACUUUAGGGAGGGUUUGUGGUACUCAUAUAUGGAGCCACAGCAGCUGACAAAAGAGUUCUCAGCACCAUUGCAGAAAAGGACAAAAAGAGAUGGAGAGAGUGCAGGUUAGCUGCUGAACUUGGUCAGGGUCGGUGAAGUUUGUAUGCCUUUUGAGUGCCUGAUAUCACAAUGGUUUUGCAACCUGUGAAUCCACUGAUAGUCACACAUUUGAGAGUUAUAUGUUUUUUUUUUCUUUGAGAACCUUGUAAUUGCUUGCGUUGUAUAUACCUGCCCUAUAUGUUCCAUUUGCAAUGAACAGUGAUACAAAUGCUGAAUAUUACACCACCACUCCUUCCCUUCAGUAUUUCUCAGAAUAAAUGGAGCGAGGGAAGGCAAAGCAGACAAAGUUAUUUCAGAUCAUAUUGAUGACUAUACUGGGCCCCUCUUUUAAGGGCCAUUUAAAUCUGGCAUGGUGAUUCACCAAAUGCUAUGACACUGCAACUAGUAUCACCUUUAGCCAACAUUGCCAGUGUGUUGUCGAAGGCUUUCAUGGCCGGAAUGACUGGGUUGUUGUGAGUUUUUCAGGCUGUAUGGCCAUGUUCCAGAAGCAUUCUCUCCUGACGUUUCACCCACAUCUAUGGAAGGCAUCUUCAGAGCUUGCCUGCCAUAGAUGUGGGUGAAAUGUCAGGAGAGAAUGCUUCCGGAACAUGGCCAUACAGCCCGAAAAACUCACAACAACCCAACAUUGCCAGUGAUGCAGGAUGAUGUGAGAUGACACCUAAUAACAUCCGAAGAACCAUACAUUCUCCAUCCCAGAUUUAUAUGUUGCACUUUUAAUGGUUACACAUUACCCAUGAGGCAAAUGUAAGUAUUUGCCUCACUAUGUUUACAUCAUAGAAGUAUACUGUGUGGAACUACAAUUGGUUCUAGUUUCCCAUGGAGUAUAUGUGGGGCUAUCUUCAACGUGCACUUACUAAUGUGUAACAUGGAAAGGUGCCCUUUCUCUGAAGCUACUCAUUCAGAGAGAGGAGAGUAUAUGAGACAGAUAAGGCUAGAGCAGGCAUGGGCAAACUCUGGUCCUGCAGGUGUUUUGGACUUCAACUCCCAGUAGGCUGUUAGGAAUUGUGGGAGUUAAAGUCCAAAACACCUGCAGGACCGAAGUUUGCCCAUGCCUGGGCUAGAGCAUGGGAGAGUUGUUUGCCAGACUACAAGUCCCAAAAUCCCAUAGUCAGCAUAGCCAUUGGCCAUGAAGAAUGACUGACUAUGGGACUUGUAGUCCCAAAGAGAAAUAUUUCCAAGCUCUGGGCAAGGGGAUGGAAUAAAUCACAUUGUAAAACACAGUGAUCAAUGCACCAAGUCUGAUUUGGGGAAAUAUACUUUCUCUGUGUUACUUUCUCACUCUCCGCCUCUCUCCUCCCCACCCACCACCUUUACUCUUUUUGUACAGCUGUUAAACAGAUUUGACAUGUGUGCACACAUGAAUGUGUCAUAUGUAUUUUUUUGUAUAUUUGACGGUUGCAAAAUAAACUUGGUGUUUAUAUUUGA